AUGUCGUCCGAGCCAACCGUACAGACACCAGUUGCCGCUGUGUCUGCAGCUGCGGUUACGGCUAGUAGUGAUGCCAGCGCUGUUGCAGCAGAAGCUGGACCUAGCAACCUAACCACCACCAACGCUAAGCCUCCGCGCCAAACCCAGCCAAAUCAGCAGCGCCCACGCCAGUCCAACGCACCGCAACGCCUCACCUCGGUACAGCUUCGAAAGCGUCUGCACUACAUUGCGUCUGGAUCCACCGUCAUUCUCAAGCUGCCAUCCGGUCGCACAAAAGCAGCCGAGAUUAUGCCCGGCAAACAGGUCAGUCUGGGCAAGUUUGGCAGCUUCAGGGCGGAUGACCUCAUCGGUAUGCCUUAUGGUUUCACCUACGAGAUUCAGCCUGAUGCCACUGCAGCUUCAUCUCAGAGCCAAGGCGUUUCGCAUAAGCAGCAGAACGGGAAAGGGGCCGGUGGCAAGAAGGGAGGAGCAGCACCGACUGCAUCGAACGCCGGCUCGCUCAAACUGGUCAUCAACCGUACCUUGGGCGAUCUCGAGACCGAGGCCAGCGAGACGGUCGAAACAACAGCGACCAACGAGCACAUCAACGACGAUGGAUCCGCGCAGAAGCUCACCUAUGUUGAUAUCCAGCAACUCAAGAACAAGGGCAUCUCGGGGCGAGAGAUCAUCGAACAGCAACUGGCGGGCUCGGAAUCGUUUGCAAACCGCACCGUCUACUCGCAGGCCAAGUACGUGGCGCGCAAGGAGCAGAAGCAUCUCAAGCUGUUCACGCCCCUGCAACCGGAUUUCGGCAACGUGUGCGACUUCUGGUUCGACAAGGCACCUGAAAAGAUCCGCUUUAUUCGCAAGGAUGCGCUGUCGCAGGUGUUGAGCUUUGGCAGUGUGCGGCCGGGUGGCCGGUACUUGGUGGUCGAUGGCGUGUCUGGAUUGCUUGCCGGGGCUGUGUUGGAGCGCAUGGGAGGAGAUGGGACGCUGAUUGCGAUCAACGACGCCGAAUCGCCGCCUGCGUUUGACAUCCUCCCGUAUUUCAACCUGCCUGCACAGGCGACCAAAAACGUGCUCAAGGUGAUCAACUGGGCGGCGACGGAGCCGGACUAUGCACCUGUGUUUAGCAACCAAGAUGUCGAACCCGCCUCGUUGUCGUCGACAUCGGCAUCUCGAACGAGCAAGGACAAGCAGCGCGAUCGCAAGCGCCAAGCCAACUUUCGCCACGUCGACCGCGUCCGCUCCGACUUUUUCGCCGGUGACUUUGACGCGGUUCUCAUCGCAUGCCACUACGAUCCGAUGAGCAUCCUCCGUCGUCUCAAGCCGCACCUGGGCGGAUCGGCGAGCGUUGUCGUGCACAGCCCCUACCUGCAACCACUGGCAGAGGCGCAUUCCAAGCUAAGGGGUGACGAGGAAUUCAUCAACAUCAGUGUGACAGAGCCUUGGUUGCGCAAGUACCAGGUGCUGCCGGGCAGGACUCAUCCGGAGAUGACGACGAGCAGCACGGCUGGCUUUAUACUGCAUGCGUUGAGGGUGUUUGGCGAGGCACAAGCGCUCCAGAUGCGUGCGGAGUAUCUGGCAUCACUGGAGCAGGGAGAACACACAGCCAAGGGCGAGAAGGUUACGGUCACGGCUGAAGAGAGCGGCAAGCGAGAGCUGCAAGAGGUGGCUGCACAUGCAGACGAGGAGCGCGAUGCAAAGCGAGUGAGAACAGAAGAGACGACAACGACAGAAGCUCAGACAGUAGCAUAG